UUUAUAUAUUUUUUUUACUAAAGGUUAUGUUAUGUUUUUCUGGCUCUAAUGUAUUACUUUAUAUAAACUGAAUAUAUGUGUACAUACACACCUAUUAUGCCUAAUACCUAUAUAUAUAAGGUUAAUAAUUAUUGUUGAUAAAGAAAAAUAAUGUCUUAUACUUAUAGUAAUAAUUUGUCUGGUGAUAACAAAUGUAUUGCGUUUUUAACUAUUUUUUCUCCAUGUGUCGUGAUGUGAAAAUUAUUUUUUCGUGCCUAUUUGGUGCGACAAAUUAUUAUUCUGUCACACAUUCAGUAAUUAAUUCGAUAAAUUAUAAUAUCAACGAAAAUUCAUGUUGGGAUGAAAAAGUUAUGGAGGCAAAUUAUGAUGAAAAUUUGUCUGAAAAUCCUUUCUUUCAAGAACUUCAAACUGAGCAUCGUUCAACGUUUGAAAAAGCAAUAAAUGAAGGAUGGAUUAUUUGUGUUCCUCGUUGUGGUAGUUUUACAAGGGGAUCACUUUUAGAAGAUGAUUUUCUUAGUCAUAUUCUAAUACCAAAUGAAGAGAAACCAGGAACAUCUUUUCACACUCUUACUGGAAGGGAGGUAAAACUGUGUAAUCGAGUUUUAACAAUUGAGUAUGAUAUUUCAAAACCAUGUUCACUGCAUAUGCUUUUCGAGGAGACAUUCUAUACUGAAAAUCUUCGCAAAUAUGUUAUAUGGUGUAUAGAACAUCCUUUGGAACAAGCUGCUGGUACAUCCAGAGAUCAUGUACCAGUUGUAACAAAUUUAAGAGAAUCAAAAGAUUUGCUUUGGACGGAAGUUUUAGAUAAAACAUUAUUACAAGAUUUAGAUGCUGAAAUUGAGGAAUUUAAUCGUACUCAAGACGACCUCGAUCGUAAAUCUUUACAAUUGCAAAGAGACACAGUUGGUGCACUUUAUGCAAAGAGUUUAAGAAUUCUCCUAAAAGACACAAGAUUACGUGAAAGAACAACAGGCAGUCGUUAUUUUCUUCAAACAAUUAAAAUAGCCGCCGAAACAUAUAUUCUCCAUAGUCUUCGAAAUAUUCUACCUCAAUCAAUUUCCACCAGUACUGCAUUUGAGGAUGCAAAUUUAAAUAAAAUUAUUAAAAAUUUACAUGAACUACAAGUAAAAGAUCUUGGUGUACGUUCAGAUCUUUAUGAUGGUAUUUCAAGAGGUAAAUUAGAAUUAUCGCGUCUUGAUAUUUUCAACACUGUUUUAGGAAAAAUUGGUUGUCUCCGAAGAGCAAUUAAAUUCAUUUCACAAGGUGAAAAAUCAGUUUCCUCCGAUGAUCUUCUACCUGUUUUAAUAUUUUUAGUUAUUAAAUCAGGAUUACCAAAUUGGAUGGCACAAAUAAUGUUUAUGAAACAUUUUCGAUUUUCCGCUAAUUCUGUUUAUGAAGCAGAUGAAGCGGGAUUUUUAAUAACAUCAUUGGAAGCUGCAGUUGAACAUGUUAAGUCGGGAAUUUUAACUGGUUCGUCUGAACCUGAGGCAGAUAGAGAGGAAGAAGAAGAAGUGGGUUAUGAAGUGACUGAAGAAGAUAAAGUGACAUUGAGUUAUUUAUUUAAUCGUAUAAAGAAAGGCGAUUUAUUGGAAAUAAAGAGAAUAUUGUCAAAGACGAAAGAGAAAACGAAUGAUGAUGAAAAUAAACUUUGUCAUCCACUUUGUACUUGUGAAUCGUGUGAGAGAAUUGUUGCAAGAACAUCGCAUUCAAAUUGGCCGACUUUAAAUUCAAGGGAUGAUAGAGGAUUAACUGCUCUUCAUAUUGCGAGUCUCUAUGGUCAAGUUGCUAUUGUUGAUUUUCUCAUUAGACUCGGCGCAAACGUGAAUGACGCUGAUGCUGAUGGUGUGACUCCAUUGCAUUGUGCUUCAUCGAGAGGUUAUCAAAAUACGUUACUUUUGUUGUUGCACGCCGAGGCAGAUUUGAAUAUAACUGACACGAGAGGAAAUACACCAUUGCAUCUUGCAACUGAUUAUGGUCAUGAUGGUUGUGUGAAAGCUCUUCUUUAUUUUGCCGAACAAAUAAGACUGAUAAUUGAUGUUAAUGCUGCUAAUUUUAAUGGUGAUACACCAUUACAUUUUGCCUCGAAAUGGGGAUAUGGUGAAAUUGUUGAAAUUUUACUAGAUCACGGAGCAAAUUCAAAGGCAAUAAAUAGAAGAGGUUUAACGCCACUUACAGUUUCUCACAGUACAUAUGUAUCAAGAAUGUUGCAAAAGACUGAUAGUCACGAUUUAAGUUUUAUUAGAAAACAAUCCAUAGAAUCAAGAAAGUCUUCUUUGAAGCAAGAAGUCAAAAAACAAGUGAAUUUUGCGGAAUUCACCACUGACGAGAAUCACAAGAUCAAUAAACUACUUUCAAGUGUUGCAGAGGGAGAUCUUUGUUUAGUUUCCUACUAUCUAGGAUUGGAUGGACCGCUUAAAAAUAUUCUCGAACAAAAAUCAAAUUUCUGUCAUCCACUUUGUACCUGCGAGAAAUGUGCAUCUGCCGAAGAGAUUUUCGAUAAAGAAGACAAAAAAUCUCAUUUAGGAAUAAAUACAUGUAACAGCCAAGGACAAACGGCAUUACACAUUGCUUGUGAUAAUGGACAUGUUGAAAUUGUCCAACUAUUAUUAGACGCCGGAGCCAAUGUAAAUGUCAUAAAUAAAAUUCAAGGACAAACACCAUUACAUUUAGCGUGUUUAAAUAAUCACACAAAAGUGAUAAAAUUACUAUUAAAUUGUGGCAAUUGUAAUAUUAAUGCUAAAGAUAAUUUUGGAGAUACGCCAUUACAUCUUAUGAUAAGAAAUGAAAAUUCAAAAAUAGCUGAAUUAUUACUUCGACAUGGAGCAAAUGCACAGAGUAAAAAUUGUCAAGCAGUAACGCCAUUGGAAGAGGCUGAGAACAAAAUAUCAAAUGAUGAUAAUCUAUUCACAUCUUCGACUUCGCCAAAUAUUAUUAAAAUUCUUAAAGAAAAUUACUUACGAUAAAUACUCUUUCAAUUAUUAUUUAAUUUCACAAACAUUUAAAGAAAAUAUUUUGCCAAUAAAUUUAAACUUAAUGGGAUAAAAAAAAGUGCCAAAGUCAAAUUAGUAGAAAAUAAUGAAAAAAAAUGCCUGAAUAUAUAUAUAUACCUAUGUACAUAAAAAAUAGAUUUCCUAUUGUAAACUUUUUGUCACUCGCAUCAAGUGAUUUAUUUGCUAAAUAUCGUAAAUUUAAAAUUGCAGCUUUUUACAAUUAAAUGUUUAAUUAACAUUUCUAGUUUUAUUAAUGAAAAAAAUAGUUUUCAGAAAUUCUAUAUGCGAAUGACUAACAAUUUUAUUUUAUCAGUUAAAGAAUGUUGUAAUAUGUAAAGUAAAGGUCUUAAUAUAUUUGUUUCAUAAAUUUUAAAUUAAGUAUUUGUUAAUAAAAAAAAUCGUUUAAAUUAUUUUUUAAUAGUAAUAUAUUUAAUUUAUUUUUUUAUACAAAAUUAACAUUUGUAUAUGAAUAUAGAAAGUAAUGUAAAAUUUAUUUUUCACUUAACAAUAUGUUGUUAAGCAGAACACCUUCUAUUACUAACAAUCUAUUUUUUUGUAUUUACACUUUCACGCAAAUAAUACAAUUUUUUUUCUUUUGUAAUAGCACACAAUUCUCACACAUAAAAUAAAAAGUAUUAAAAGA